UCUCAUAUCUCAAAUCCCUUAAAACUUCCCUCCUUCCUCAAAAUAUGGCGGCCUUGAAGUGGCACUUCAAUACUGCCUUCACUCACUCACUCGUACACACACCUGAUCAGAAACAAGAAAGCCAAACUGUCCAGAAAGUGAAUUUACAAGCCAAAGAGAAUGAUGUAAGCACAUUCCAGAUGCCUCUCCAUUAUCCGCGAUACAAGAAGGCGGACUAUGAGAAAAUGGAGGAAUGGAAGGUGGAUAUGCUGCUGAAUCAGUAUGGUCUUGAUCAUCAUGUCAAGGGAACCCUAGUUGACACAAAGAGGAAGUUUGCUAUGGGAGCAUUCCUAUGGCCUGACCAACUCUGAAUCACUCAGAUUUCCAGCACAACCUGUUUCUAAAAGGCCUUUAAGCAUUGGAGUUUCCUAGACAGUAUGGGACAUUACAAGACUUGUUUAUGUUUGAAAAAUAUAUACUACUACUACCUCCGUCUAAAUUUAGUUGUCACAAAUUACUUCUAGACAGAAAGUGAUUAUCUUAUA